AUGGCCUUCAGAGGUCCCCAGAACAGCUUGCAGCAACAAGAAGUCCACCUCUACUCUUCUGCCCCUGCCCCAAUACCCCAAAGGCCCUUUUGCCUCCAUUUCAGGCCUGGUAUCACCCUGGCUGCCUUCUUCCUGGCACUGCUGUUUUCCUACCUGGUCACAAUGUCUGGGAACAGCCUUAUUGUCAUAGUAGUGAAAUGGGAUUCUCAACUUCAUACGCCCGUGUAUCUUUUUCUCAGUAACUUAUCCUUCCUUGAUAUCUGUUUCUCCACCAGCUGGGAGUCAUAUGUCAUGGCCCAAUGCUUCAAGGACUUCCCUACCAUCUCCUAUAGAAGCUGUUAUGCCCAGAUGGCCAUAUCCCUUUUUCUGGGGAUGACAGAGUGGCUCCUCCUUGCUGUCAUGGCUUAUGACAGGUUUGCUGCAAUCUCCAGUCCCCUGCAUUAUACCAUCAUUAUGAACAAUCAGGUUUGCAUACAGUUGGCCAUGGUGACCUGGGCCAGUGUCCUCCCUUUGGCAAUAAUACCAACCAUUGCAUUUCCUGCCCAUUUUUGUGGACACAAUGUCAUCAACCAUUUUACCUGUGAGGUGCAGGCCCUGUUGAAGCUCGUUUGCUCAGACACCCCAGUCAGACUUCUUCUGGGUCUAGCCAUCAGCAUAUUCACACUGCCCCUGCCCCUCACCUUCAUCCUCAUCUCCUAUACUCACAUUGUGGUUGCUGUGCUGAGGAUCCGCUCUGCAGAGACCAGGCUCAGCUUUUCCACCUGUGGAUCCCACCCAGCUGUCAUCACCAUAUUUUAUGGGACAGCCAUCUACAUGUGCUUGAAACCUCAGUCAAGGGAAUCCCAGGAAGAGGACAAAGUCUUUUCAAUAUUUUAUAGAGCAGUUACUCCAGUGUUAAAUUCCCUCACUUACACCCUGAGAAAUAAGGAUGUAAAAG